AUGCAUGGCGAGAUUGGAAGAGAUCCUGCCAUCACCCCGAAUGCCAAUAUCAAUACCCAGCUCAGCGCCUGGUGGAUUGAUACUUCAUCCGCAGCAGGUUGUCACCGUGGAAGAAGCCAGCUGCAGGUUUCUGUUGCGGAUGUUCCAAGGUUGGUGGGGCUCGGCGCUAGAGUCAACUCGGUUAGCUUAGCGACGCGCACCCUAAGCCCACACAGAAAGCGAGACAGACGAAACCCAGCCAAUUUCGACGAGAAUCGAUCUCACAACUGCCAACCCCAUUCCGCAGCAGCCAACUUUGCGAAGCAUCAGUUAGACGCCAUGGGUCGUGUGAUUCGCAAUCAGAGGAAGGGCCGUGGAUCGAUUUUCACGGCCAACACCCGUCUCAACAAGGCUCCUGCCCAGUUCCGUACCCUCGACUAUGCUGAGAGACACGGAUACACCCGCGGAGUGGUGAAGAAGAUCAUCCACGACGCAGGCAGAGGCGCUCCCCUGGUCCAAGUCUCCUUCCGCCACCCAUACAAGUACAAGGACGUCGUCGAGACCUUCAUCGCCAAUGAGGGCAUGUACACCGGCCAAUUCAUCUACGCCGGUAAAAACGCUGCCUUGACCGUCGGAAACAUUCUGCCCCUUGGCUCCGUGCCCGAAGGUACCGUCGUGACCAACGUCGAGGAGAAAGUGGGCGACCGCGGUGCGUUGGGCCGCACGUCUGGAAACUACGUUACCGUCAUCGGCCAUAACCCCGAGGAAGGGAAGACUCGCAUCAAGCUUCCCAGCGGUGCCAAGAAGGUUGUGAAGAGCCGCUCGCGAGGAAUGGUUGGCAUUGUUGCUGGAGGUGGUCGUACAGACAAGCCCCUGCUCAAGGCGUCCCGCGCCAAGCACAAGUUCUCCGUCAAGCGCAACUCGUGGCCCAAGACUCGUGGUGUUGCUAUGAACCCAGUCGACCAUCCUCACGGUGGUGGUAACCAUCAACACAUCGGUAAAGCCUCGACAAUCUCGCGGUACGCGUCCGCAGGUCAAAAAUCCGGUCUCAUCGCUGCCCGGAGAACCGGUCUACUCCGCGGUACCCAGAAGACCAAGGAUUAA